GGCAUAUCUUGACAACAUAACAGCAAUUGGGCCCAGAACAGUUGGAAGUCCAGAAAAUGAAGUUUUUGCAGUUAACUACCUCUUAGAACAAAUUAGGGCAAUAGAAAGAGAAAACACAGAUGCUCACAAGGUAUCUGUAGACAUUCAGAGACCCACAGGCUCCUUCAGUAUUGACUUUUUAGGAGGCUUUACUAGUUACUAUGCAAACAUAACCAAUGUCGUAGUGAAGCUGGAACCCCGUAAUGGAGCUGAGCAUGCAGUGUUGUCCAAUUGUCACUUUGAUUCCGUACCAAAUACCCCGGGUGCCAGCGAUGAUGCUGUUAGCUGCGCCGUGAUGCUUGAAAUACUUAACACACUUUCAAAAUCAUCAGAGCCCCUGCAGCAUGCUGUCAUCUUUUUAUUUAAUGGUGCAGAAGAAAAUAUUUUGCAGGCUAGUCAUGGUUUCAUUACACAACAUGAGUGGGCUAAGUCAAUUAGAGCUUUUAUUAACCUGGAGGCAGCGGGUGUAGGAGGAAAAGAACUUGUUUUUCAAACAGGACCUGAGAAUCCUUGGUUGGUACAAGCAUACGUAGCUGCAGCCAAGCAUCCGUUUGCCUCUGUGGUUGCACAGGAAGUAUUUCAGAGUGGUAUCAUCCCAGCAGAUACAGACUUUCGUAUCUACAGGGACUUCGGCAGUGUUCCAGGAAUAGAUUUGGCUUUUAUUGAAAAUGGCUACAUUUAUCAUACCAAAUAUGACACAUCAGACAGAAUUUUAACCGAUUCCAUCCAGAGAGCAGGUGACAAUAUUCUAGCUGUGCUAAAAUACCUAGCAACAUCAGAUAAGUUGGCUAAAUCUGUUGAGUAUCGGCAUGGAAAUGUUGUGUUCUUUGAUGUAUUUGGUUUAUUUGUCCUGGCUUAUCCUGCUCGUGUUGGCACCAUCAUGAACUAUAUUACAGCAGCAAUUGCUUUUCUUUAUUUAAGCAAGAAAGUUUUACAGCCCAAAACCAGAGCUGUUCAUAACCUGAAUAAAUUGUUCACUGCAUUCGGCUUAACAGUGAUAAGUUGGGUGGCCACACUGGUGACGGUUCUUAUAGUGGCAGUGUUCGUCUCCAUCAUUGGACGGUCCCUUUCUUGGUACACACAUUUUUAUGUUUCUGUGUUUCUGUAUGGCACUGCAGCUGCAGCUAAGCUCAUCCUUGUGCAUACUUUAACCAAGAAAUACUUCUACAAGAAUAUGAAUGAGCAGUACCUGGGAGAUACUUUUUUUGAUGUCUCAUUGAUAAUUUGGUCUAUAGCAUUGGCUAUGAUUACUCACAUGGGCCUUUGUUCAGCAUUCAUUUGUACGUUAUGGGUAGCCUUUCCUUUACUCACUAAGAUGAUGUUCCAUAAAGAAUUCAGCCAAAAAGGUGUCACAGUGAAAUUUGUCAUGAUGUACCUGCUGGGAAUGUUUGUUCCCUAUCUGUAUAUGAUGUAUCUUAGUUGGACUAUAUUUGAAAUGUUUACUCCUAUCAUGGGACGAAGUGGUUCAGAAAUUCCACCAGAUGUGGUAUUGGCAGGAUUUAUUGUGGUUAUCACUGUGAUUCUGUCAUCCUAUUUUAUAAACUUCAUUUACCUUGUCAAAAGUACAAAAACGACACUAAUAACUUUAACUACAGUGUUUGUAGUCACUCUGAUUCUUGUUUGUAGUGGAGUCUUCUUUCCUUACAGUUCUGAUGCAGCUAAUCCAAAGCCUAAGCGAGUCUUUCUCCAGCACACGAGCAGGAGGUUUCAUGAUCUAGAUGGAAAUGUGAUUAAAAGUGACUCUGGUAUAUGGAUUAAUGGAUUUGAUUAUAAUGGAAUAUCUCACAUAACUCCUCAUGUACCUGAAAUCAAUGACACCAUUAGAACUUCAUGUGAGGAGCAGGCUCCCUUCUGUGGCUUUCCUUGGAUUCUGCCAGUGCAUUUCAUGUUUCGGAAAAACUGGUAUCUUCCUGCUCCAGAAAUUUUUCCAAGAAGCCCCAUUCACUUUAAAGUUCUAUCCAAGGAGCAGAUGCCCUGGAACUCUGUGAGGUUAAACUUUGAAAUAUCUGGUCCAAGUCACAUGUCACUGUACGUUCGGCCACAUGAAGGGUCAGCUCUGUCCUCCUGGUCCCUUGGGGAUGGUAUCCCGGUGGCCAGUGUGGGAGGAGACUACUUUGUGUUCUACUCUCGUGGGCUGCAGGCUACCCCAUGGCACUUCUGGGUAGAACUGACAGCUCCAGAAAAGCAUUCUGAUGGAAUAGUCUCGCUUGCCAUAGCAGCACAUUACUUUUUUGGGGAAGAUCAAAAAUCGCCUCAAAUCUAUGCCUUACUGGAGAGGUUUCCAAACUGGACGUUUUCUUCUGGUUGGUCCUGCACUUAUGACCUCUUUGUCUUUUAA